AUGGCUCCAAAAGUUGUCCGGUGGGGAAUUCUCGCUACGGGAAACAUUGCACAAACUUUCGCAAAGGAUCUAUUGGUCGACCCCGCAACUCGCAAUGUGCAUGAUAUCAAGCAUACAAUCGUUUCUGUGGCGAGUGCUUCCGGCGCUGCGCGAGCUGAGCAAUUCUUGAAGGACGUUGAAGCACCUCAAACAGCCAAAGGAUACGGCACUUACGAGGAGCUAGUCAAUGACGAUGAGGUCGACAUUGUCUAUGUCGCAACGCCCCACUCUCAUCACUAUCAGAAUGUCCGGCUCUGCCUGGAGUCGGGCAAACCCGUUUUGUGUGAGAAGGCCUUCACUGUCAAUGCGAUGCAAGCAAAGGAACUUGUACAAUUGGCUCGUGUCAAGAACUUGUUUCUUAUGGAAGCUAUGUGGACACGUUACUUCCCAUUGUCCAUAUAUGUCCGCGAAACCAUCACGUCCGGGAGAUUGGGUACCGUCAUCCGAGUCUACGCGGAUAACUCCCUGAAUCUGAAACCGCAUGAGAGCUUCCCCAAGGAGAGCCGAAUGGUGAACCCGAAUCUCGCCGGCGGUGGUCUUUUGGAUAUGGGCAUUUACAGCCUCACGUGGAUCUUUCAGACCCUAUACACCACACAACCCUCUGAUACACGCAAAACCCCAGACGUCCAAUCCGCGCUGCGCAAAUACGAACCCACCGGUGUCGACGAGACCUCGACCAUUCUUCUGACCUUUCCUCGCGACUCCGAGUCAGGUGGUGACAUGCACGGCAUCUCGACUACAAGUUUCAUGGUAUCCAACGACUCGGACGGCAAGAAUACUAGCGGUCCCGCGGUGCGCAUCCACGGCCGAGACGGUGAGCUGCAGGUAUGGCCACCGCUAUGGCGCCCCACGCGAACCAGGCUCAUUCUCGCCGACGGCACCGUCGAAGACAAGACGUUUUCGAUUCCAGGCCCGGGCAAAGGUAGCAACUGGUAA